AUGCAGGAAUAUCGACCUGGAAAUGUUUCUCACACGAACUUUGUUUUUGUCGGAUUUUCUGCACUUAAAGAAAACAGACGAUUCCUCUUUAUUCCUUUUUUCCUGAUGUUUCUGUUGUCUCUUGUUGCCAACUCAGUUCUGAUUUUUGUCAUUAUAACUCACAGGACACUACACACCCCCAUGCAUGUUUUGAUCAGUUGUAUUGCAUGUGUAGAUCUCAUCUGGCCAAUUGUAAUUACCCCCAAAAUGUUGCUGAGCUUUUUACUUGAUUGGAAUGAGAUUUCUCUCUUGGGUUGCCUGUCUCAAAUGUUUUUUGUAAAUUUUAUCGGAGGAUUGCAAUCAUCUAUCCUGAUGGGGAUGGCUUUAGAUCGCUAUGUUGCUAUUUGUAAUCCACUACGGUACAAUGACUAUGUGAAUAGAUCUUCUUUCUUCAAGCUAUUCACUGUAGUUAUUUUGAGAAAUCUCAUUUUCAAUGUGAUUGUUGUAAUCUUAGCUGGUUCCCAUUUCUUUUGCUUGUCUAAUGUCAUUGAUCACUGUUUCUGUGAACACAUGGCUCUGGUAAACUUAGCCUGUGGAAGCACCACUAAGAACAGCGUUGCUGGACUGGUAGCAAGUUUCUGCAUAACAAGUGUUGACUGUUUGUGCAUCAUUGUGUCUUAUGUGAGAAUUUUCUGGGCUGUUUUCAAAACUGCAUCAGUAAAAUCAUGCCAAAAAGCCAUCCACACCUGUGGCACUCAUCUAAUUGUCAUCAGUGUGUCUUACAUCUGUGCCAUGACAGCAUUUCUUACAUACAGGAUUGAAAACUCCAUGACAUCCAAUAUUCGUGUUUUCAUUAGUAUAAUGUAUAUACUUUUCCCUGGUUGUUUCAAUCCAAUUAUUUAUGGGAUCAGGACAAAGGAAAUAAGAGAGCAGAUACUGAAAAUGUAUAAAUGGCAAAGAACGGUCUUGCUGCAAUGA